AUGCAACGAAAUAUACGGUUUUUCGAUCACCGAGGUGGUGCCCUUGCGGUCCCUAGGUAUACUUUGAACGAAGUCCCUGUAUCCAGUUUUGCAAAAUAUUGUUUCAACUUAUGAACGCAGAAAUUUUCGUCUGAUUUUGCUUGAGAAAAAUUUUUUUUUUUGAAAGAAGGAUAUUUACUUGUCUGUUGUAUUCGUACGGAUUUUGUGUUUACCGUGAAUCCGGAAAAAAAAAAAUCAUUCACAACAUAGGAAAACUACUGUAGCAAAGUAUCUUCUACAGAGAUCUCCCAUGAACUAAGAAAAGAAAACCAAAAACUCGUUUUCGUAUGCUGCUUAGUUACUGUAGGAGUGGCUUCAAUAGCGUAACUACAGUGGGCGGGACCUAAAAAAUGUGGUUCAUAGAAAUUGAGCAACGGUAAGCUCCGCCUGCAUUCUGGCUUUAAAACCCGUCGUUUUCAUGUACAAAUCUCCAUUCUCACUACAUCUUAAUUUUUGCCAAAGGUCUGGUAUUUUUCGAAAAUCCGCCUGCUUCUCUGACAGCUUUAGAGUAGCUCUUCUUUCGAAUAUAUAUAUAUAUAGUGGAACCUCUUUUCUUUCUUUUCAUUUUUCUUUUAUGAAAUUUUUUCAUCAAAAAGUGUUUCUUUGUUUUUCAUUUUCCAAAAAAGUUCUACGACGACUUCGUGCACGCCCGAAUCUGUUCAGGGAUAAUUGACAAUGCGUUUGGUUGUUGCGUCAAUCGUUCAUCUUCUUUUACUAGCAACUCAUUUCAACGCAGCAGAAGAUCAAAUCCGUAAGUUGUUUCGAGAAUUGAUUGAGUUGAGACAAUUUCCAAGAAAAACAAAAUCGAUACCACAUUAUGAGCUAAAACAACACGAUCUGAAGUUUCAUUUUUGCCUGUUUAGGACCUGGAGUUUUUUUUUUCAAUGUCUUAAUAUAUUUCAAUCAUGAAAAUGAAACGGGUUCAAAGAAAUAAAAAAAGUUUCAAAGUAUAUAAAUAACAAAAAAAAACCGUUGAAUGUGUCUUUUUUUAAAUUUUUUUUCCGGCAGCUUUCUAUUUAAUCCAAACUCAGCCGAGCCUAAUUUCUCGAGUUUUGACUUGCAAAAAAAUAAAAAAAGUUGCUCAAUUAUAUGUUUCACUUUGUCCAAUCGUUGUCAGUCAAGGUUUGAAACAGAACUGGACUUUCAAAAAGCGCGUUUUUGGGUGUCAUUUUCAUUGUUUUUACUCUAACGUUCACGAGUAUCGAUAAAGUUUAUUUUUUUCUUAUUCUAUUUUUGAUGAACUUCAAUUAAUUUUUUUGAACCUAGUAUAUCUUUUUAAUAUGAGCAACUGGAGAACUGCCGACCGUCCAAACAUAUUUAACAUCAUAUAUCCUUAAGGAGGCCUUCAUUAUCACCUUUUUUUGAAUUUUUUUGCUUUUUAAAGUUUCAAUAUGCAAUAUUUGCAACAAAUUAAAAAACCUAUGUGUGUCACUGGAAAAAGUUGCUUUUUUAAUAAACUUGCUUCAAUGAAAUUUUCACGCGUUUUAAAUAUGAACUUCAGAUUCUACGUGUAAAAUAAGAUAAUGGGCAACCCUAUCUCACGCAAUUAAAGGCAUAGGGACAGUAAAAAAUGGGGUUUCAGGUGAAAGCAGUAUCUUAUAUAGUUUUUCUUUCCGAAUCGAAUGGUGUACUCAAAAAAAUUAAAUAUGUGACCACUUUAGAAGAAAAACGCGAUUUUACUUUCCCGCCUUUAUUUUUGAAAAAGCUUUGGAUCGGUAUGCAGACAAAUGUUUACAGUAGCCGUGCACGCGAUGUUGCGGACGUCUCAUUAGACUCGCAUUUUGUGAGAAAUAACCGGGUAUCUGCUUCAAGUUAAGGGUUUCUUCUCUGAAAAAACAUUUAGUCAAACAAAAAACACACACCGAUAAUGAAGAAAACACAAAAUAAUGCUAUCCCAAUCGAAACCUGUGUGAAAUUAUCAUUUUUCACCAAAGAAGCGUUUUUGCGAUCAAAGUUUGCAAAUUAUUCAUGAAUAGAAAGCUUUUGUGACGAAAAGAACUUUGGUGACAACAGAAAAAAUGGAAAUUUGAAAGAAACGAAGAAAAAAGCGAAAAUCCGGAAGAUGGCGAAGUCUGUUGUCCAUAGAGCAACUUUACUGCAAAGCGCCCUUUUCGCGGGAACUCAAACUUUCCUUUCUCCGACUUUGAAUUAUUUUUUCUCCAAAACUAGGAACUUCUCUAAGUUUCCAAGUUCACCGUUCGAUUCGCAAUGAAAAGCUCUACAAAUAACUGCUUUGAACUAAAACACCGUUUUAUACUGCCCCUAUGCCUUUAAGAUUACUUUGCGCGCCCAAUUGGAAUAGCAAAAAAAAGGAAGUACUGAGCAAAAAAUGAGCGACCGCGAUGUGUGCGGACCUUGGCGGUCUGUACUAAUGUAUUUCUCGCUUUCGAAAGAAGAUAAUUAAGUGACGUCACGCAGUAAUGGUUUGCGAUAUAACGAAAUCACAAGUCAUUUUAUUUAACUUCAUUAAAACUUUCUGUAAAUCCAUAAAUUUAAAAUUUUUUGGCGAGUUUAAUUUUCUAACCAUAACCCUGAAUCUUUUGGAUGUUUUUUUUUGAAAACUAGAAAUAUUUGGAGCGAACGCAGAGUUACAACCACAUACAAUCUGACUCCAAAGCAAACUUUUGAGAUUAUGUUAUGCGGUCCUGCGAAGCAUCAUUCAAGUUUUGAAAAUUAUCCUCUCCAAAACUAGAAUUUUGUCCAGGUAACGAGGAUGUUUUUUUAUUAUUACGAACCCUAAAAAGUAUUUCAGAACACUUGUAUAAAAUUAUAAAAUUCCAACUGCAAAGAAAAGUUAGCUAUCUCUUAAAGGCAUAAGGGCAGGUAAAAACGGGGUUUCAGGUGAAAACAGCAUAUUUAAUUUUUACUUUCUCGUCUUUAAUUUUGAAAUAUGCUUUCGAUCGGUGUACGAACAAAUGUUUACAGUAGCCGUGCACGCCAUGUUGUGGAAGCCUCAUUAGACUCGCAUUUUGUGAGAAAUAACCGGAAAACUUCUUCAAACCAAGGGUUUCUUUUCUGACAAAUCAUUUAGGUGGACAAAAAGAACACCGAUAUCAAAGGAAACAAAAAAUCGAUGUCUCAACCGGAAGCUGUAUGAAAUCAUGAUAAUCAUCUUUUUCACAAAAGAAACAUUUCACGAUUGAAGUUUGCAAAUUAUACAUCAGUAGAAAAUUUUUGUCGCAAAAAGCUUCGGUGAAAACAGAAAAGAAAUUGAAAACUGAAAGAAGCGGAAAAAAAAGGCGAAAAUCCGAAAAAUGGCAAUACGUGUUUUCCAUAAAUUAACUUUACUGCAAAACGCCCUUUUGGCGGGAACUCAAAAUUUCCUCUCUCCGACUUUGAAUUUUUUUUUCUCCAAAACUAUAAAGCUCGGUAUGUUUCCAAGUUCACCGUUCGAUUUGCAAUAAAAAAAUCCAGUACUGCUCUGAACUGUGAAACCGUUUUUUACCUUUAAAGACAAUUUGAGAGUUGUUUUCAGCCUAUUUGUGCUUGAAGUUCAAUAUCAGCUGUCCGACAACGUGAGUUUUUUUUAACCGCUUUUUGUUUGCAAAAAUUUUUUUAUUUAUUAUGUCUGUUUACUCAAUUCAGAAUGCUUUUUAGCAUCUCCAUAUUAACUUUUUUUGCUGCCUUAAUUAAAAAUUGGAAUAAAUCAAAAACGGUUUUUUUUUAAAAUUAUCACCAGCAUCUUUUGUUUUGAUAAUGAAAAAUAAACCGAAACCGCAGUAUUUAUAGAAAAAGUUCAAAACUCCUGGUUUACAGAACAUCUCCAAAGCCGAAAUUUUCAACCUUCAUUGUCAAUCUGACAAGCCCGACUUCGGCUGCUCCUACAAUUUCGACAACAUACACCACAAUUCCGACUAUGACCACCUCGUCAUCAAAAAUAUCUCCGACUAUUUCAACGGUAACAUCAACUCGGGCCACGACCACGGCGAUCCCAACUACGGAAAAGACGACCUCUCUAAGCCCGACAUCUUCCACAUCUACCUUGACAAAAACUACCCCAACUUUGAGCACGACGAUGAUCUUACCGUCCACUUUCCCGCCGAACAUUAUUUCUGAAUCGAGUAUACCUCCCACCUCGUCUACAACGAUUACAUCAACUCCAAGCCCGACUCAAAAGAUCAUCACUACUUCGAUGUCGACCAGCCUUAUACCUUCUUCUGA